GUAAAUACUCAUCAGCAACAGUUUUAGGGUACUAAAAUACUUCAGUGGCGUCGCGUGAGUUAAAAAGUAUCAGCCUAUCAUGCUACGAUAUAGAAGCAGCGUCCUAAAGCGGAUAUAGUGCCCCCUUUUUACCUCUGAGUAGCUCACAUAAAUGUAGCAGCAGCAGCGGCGGGAUGAUAUGACAGCUGCAACACAGAGCACAAUCAACAUGGAGGAUUUUUUCCAAAAGGUGGGGGAGGUCAGCAGCCUCAUUGAAAAGAUCUCCUGUCAGGCAGAGGAGGUGGAGAGGAGACAUGGCGCCAUCCUUUCAAAUCCAAACCAAGACAAGAAAAAAAAAGAGGAACUGGAGCUGCUGAACAGUGAGACCAAGAAAAAUGCCAACCUGGUCAGAGUCAAGCUAAAAUCAAUGCAGAAGGACUUCCCUUCAGAGGAAAGCAACAAAAGUGUCUCGGUAAUCCAACGGAUUCACAAAAACCAGCACUCUCAUCUAACUCGCUGGUUUGCAGAUGUCAUGAGGGGAUACCACAAGGCUCAGAUCUCCUUCAGAGAGAAAUGCAAGGCACAAAUCCAGAGACAGCUGGAGAUUGUUGAUAAAGUGACAACAGAUGAAGAGCUGGAGGAGAUGCUGCACUGUGACAAUCUUGCCGUUUUCAUAUCUGAUAUCAACUCUAACGCUCAGAUCUCAAGCCAGGCUCUGAGUGAGAUUGAAUCUCGUCAUCAGGACAUCAUCAGUCUGGAGUCCGGUAUCAAGGAGCUGCACGAGGUAUUUGUUGACACUGCCAUGCUGUUAGAGAUUCAGGGGGAGCUGAUCAACAACAUAGAAAAGAAUGUAACGAGUGCCUCAGAGUAUGUAGACGACUCCAAAGCAGAAACCUAUAAAGCAGUCACAUUUAAGAAAAACCCAUAUAAGGUAGUAUCACUGCCAAGCUUCCUCAAACCCUUCAAGAGACAGGCAAGUACUAAAACUGCAAAUGAUCAGAAAACCUCAGAGGUAAACCAUGACUGAGCUCCUGAACCUGUUUGAACACUGACUGCACCAAACAUCACGAUCAACAUCAAAGCCUGUGCCUGAUGGAAAACUGCUUUCAUCAGGUUUAUGAUCUGGUAGCUGUCUGCCACCUUAGAGGCCUUUUUUUUUUCCUAAAGGUUACUGAGAACCUUGUUAUCUGGAAUUAAAAUGUCGAUCUGGACUGCUGUGAUAGCGACCUGUUAAAUUAAAAAAUGAGAGGAUACUGAGAUGAAGUCAUUAAUGAGGAUAUGUGUGGAUCACAGGUUACAAACUCUUCGAAAAGGUGUUUUAUUUGUCACUCAGUGUACACAAACUUUGACUGCAGAGACUAAAGGUUAUUCCUUUAUUUCAGUGAUUUAAUUUUUCAGACAAUCAAUGCUUUUAGAUGUAGACCGACUGUUGGGAUCAUUUCCCAAAUAAUCUCUCAACGUUAGCCAAUGUUCUUCCCAGUGGCCAGUAGGGGGCAUGACAGUACUUGAAAAGAGACUGAUUAGAGCUCAUUUACCAUUCCUCCUGGCUGCAGUCAUGAUGAACUCUUUGUUUAUUUGUCUGAUUGUGUGUUUAACUAAUUCAGUCAUUUUUACUAUUGUUUUUUAUGUAUUGAUAUUUGGUAUUACAGAGUGAACUGUGUGUUAUCUUUUCGGAUGAAUUCCCAAAAUAAAUCUGUGUGGUA